CGUGAGGGUUAUUGUUCGGGUGAUGUUUUUUGUUGCCAUUAUCUAUGCUCAAGCCUCUUCUUCUCUCGUCGGAGGCGCCGAUGGCCCCGGCCGUCCGCGCGGCCAGGUCCCCGUUCGCGGUCCUCGCGGUGGGGCUCGCCUGGAUCAGCUGGCGCGCGGCCGAGCUCGGCUGGGCGCCCGCUGGGCCGUGGCCUCCGCCGCCGCCGCCGCCGCCGCCUCCGCCCGCGGCUGCGCCGGCUGCCGAGGGCUGGUGCCCCGCGGGCGCGCCGGCCUGGCUGGAGGCGGUGUGCCCGCCGGCGCCGGAGUGCCCGGCCUGCCCCGCCUGCGCGUGCACGCAGGUGGAGUUGCCUGGGCACGUAGGCGGAGCUGCUGAUCUGGCUCGUCGGCUCGCCGCUGCUGACCCACCUGAUCGAGUACACGCUGAGCUGCUGGCGAAGGCGCGGCCGUACCGCUGCGGUAAGGCAUGGCGCUCCUCCCGUUUCAGCGAGGAGGAGGCGUGGUACAAUGAUCCGGUGCCAGAACAGUACGUCUCGAUGGAGUGUGCGGGUGACGAGGUCGACCAGGACAAGGGUACCCGAGUUCUUGAGAUAGUAGUGCUAGUGAGUCGUCAGUCGAUGAGAUCCCUUCUGCGAGUGUCCCAGGCAACAGUUUUAAUGAGACUUUUGAAUGCCCACAAUCCCCGAACCAUUGUAACUGAUUCGCUCCUGUCCAGGCUGCCCCUCUCGCAUUCGUAACACUCGCAUUGUAGACUUUGAUUUUUGUGCGUUCUCGACCGCGUGGCGAAAGCGCACUCGGCUCGUAUAUUGCCAUCUCAACCUCG